CAAUUGCCCCAUUCAAAACGAGCUUCGCUUUUCAUUUCCUCUCUCUCCACAACACAACACAACACUUAAAACUACUAAUGCAAUGACCAUCAACUGCAUGAUUGCAAGCGAGCCCUCCAUGCCUCAAUCAACCAACAAACUGAAAGACGAGCCCAAGGCCAAGUCGCUCGUCUUCGACGCAAAGCUCUUGCAACACCAAUCAACCAUACCGCAGCAAUUCAUAUGGCCGGACGACGAGAAGCCCUGCGCCAACCCGCCCGAGCUGGAGGUCCCCUUCAUCGACCUCGGCGGCUUCCUCUCCGGCGACCCCGCCGCCGCCCGCCGCGCGUCGGAGCUGGUGGGCGAGGCGUGCAGGAAGCAUGGCUUCUUCCUGGUGGUCAAUCACGGCGUCGACCCUAGUCUCAUAUCCCACGCUCACCAGCACAUGGACGAUUUCUUCCUCCAACCUCUCCAGCAGAAGCAGCGCGCGCAACGCAAGAUCGGCGAGCAUUGCGGCUACGCCAGCAGCUUCACCGGCAGGUUCUCCACCAAGCUGCCGUGGAAGGAGACCCUCUCCUUCGAGUACUCGCCGCAGAGCGCGGCGUCCCACAUUGUGGAGGACUACUUCACCAGCACACUGGGAGGAAAUUUCACACACUUGGGGAAAGUAUACGAGGCAUACUGCAGCGCGAUGAGCAGACUGUCGCUAGGGAUAAUGGAAUUAUUAGGGAUGAGCCUAGGAGUGGAGCGGGGUCACUUCAAAGAAUUCUUCGAGGCAAACGAGUCAAUAAUGAGAUUGAACUAUUACCCGCGGUGCCAGAGGCCCCAGGAGACACUGGGCACGGGGCCGCACUGCGAUCCCACCUCACUAACCAUACUACAUCAAGACGACGUGGGCGGCCUCCAAGUCCACGUGGACGGCCAGUGGCGCUCCAUAAGCCCCAACCCCGACGCCUUCGUCGUCAACAUUGGCGACACCUUCAUGGCUCUAUCCAACGCCAGGUACAAGAGCUGCCUUCACCGCGCCGUCGUCAACAGCACCAGCAGUCGGAAAUCCCUCGCCUUCUUCCUCUGCCCCAACAAGGACAGGCUCGUCACGCCGCCGCCUCAGCUCGUCGACUCCGCCAAUCCCAGGAUCUAUCCGGAUUUCUGCUGGGCCGCGCUGCUCGAGUUCACGCAGAAACACUACAGGGCCGACAUGAAUACCAUGAAAUCCUUCGCCAACUGGGUCAUCCAACAACCUCAAAUCUUCUCUUCUUCCUCUUGUUUAAACACAUAGGUCCUUAUAUGUUGGAAGCCUAAUGCAACAACAAUUCAAGGCCUAGCCUCUUCGUUUUUUUUUUUUCUUUUCCAAUAAUUAACUAAUUUCAAAUAGAGAUAUGGGGAACUGUGAAUAAUGGGGAAUAAGUUAAGUUAUCGCGAACGAGGCAAUUUUGUAAUUUCAUAUGUGAUCAUAUAUAUUUAAAGAUUCUCAAUAUCUUUCACAUA